UUCGGGUAAUCUAUUUGGCGGGUGAGAGGUGAGGCAGGCAGCGAAGGAACUGUUGGAUAUGAACCCUAAAUCCUCUUCAUCUUCUGAGCUUUUCCCGCCAUGUAUUACUCUCUUCGAUUUCCUUUGCCUCUUACUGUCCACCGAACCCGACGAUUGACGUUCUCUAUGCUGAAACGGCGCCGUCUCGAGUACUUCUGCUGCUAUGCUCAGUCCAGUGUCCGUGAAGACGAUGAAGAAGAAGAAGAGGAAAAGGAAGAGAGUAGUUUUCGUGAUCGAGGAUUCUCCAUUGUAGUAGAGAGAUACGGAAAUGGCGCUUCUAAGAGAUACGUGCUAAACGACGAGACUCCCUUACAAGGGCUUCUCGAGGAGCGUGAUUCUAAGCAUGAUGAUGGAUGUCGGGGUUCAAAUCUCUCAGACACGACCAUAUUUUGGGUUCCAGAUGUUGUCAAGGAUUUUGUUUUACCUGCUGGUUUUCCUGGGUCUGUCUCAGAUGAUUACUUGGAGUACAUGCUGCUGCAGUUCCCUACCAAUGUUACUGGAUGGAUUUGCAAUGCAUUGGUCACAUCGAGUCUUCUAAAGGCUGUCGGCGUUGGCUCCUUCUCAGGUACUACUGCUGCCGCUUCUGCUGCAGCAAUCAGAUGGGUGUCCAAGGAUGGAAUUGGAGCUCUAGGCCGCCUUCUCAUUGGUGGACGUUUUGGGAGUCUUUUUGAUGAUGAUCCUAAACAAUGGCGCAUGUAUGCUGAUUUUAUUGGUAGUGCUGGAAGCAUCUUUGAUCUGGCGACACAACUAUAUCCUGCCUAUUUCCUGCCAUUGGCAUCCACCGGAAAUCUUGCCAAGGCUGUGGCCAGAGGAUUGAAGGAUCCGUCCUUCAGGGUUAUCCAAAAUCAUUUUGCAAUCUCGGGGAAUCUUGGAGGUAUAGCAGCCAAGGAAGAAGUUUGGGAAGUAGCUGCUCAGCUUCUUGGCCUUGGUAUCGGCAUUCUGAUCCUUGAUACACCAGGCGUUGUAAAAUCAUUUCCCAUCUUGUCGCUAACAUGGUUGAGUGUUCGACUUGUUCAUCUCUGGCUACGGUACCAGUCACUUAUAGUCCUACGAUUUAACACAGUAAAUGUUAAGCGUGCUCGUAUACUAGUUCAAUCCCAUGUUUUAUACUCUGUUGUUCCUGGAUAUGUAGAUGGAAACAGACAAGAAAGCAUUUUGAUUUGGCAAAGAUUCAUGAAACCACGGAUUAUAUUUGGUGCCCCAUUAGAAGAAAUAUCAGGGCUGGACAAAUCUGUGUCCAAGGUCAAAGAACUCCUCAAGAUAUACAAAAAGGAGCAAUAUAUUCUUACAUUGAGGAAGUGGGAAAAAGACGCCGAGUUUUUGGUGUCUUUCAAGGUUGGGGCGACAAGCACAGCCAUCUUGAGGUGUCUUUGGCAUGCAUACUGGUUGCAUGAGAACAUGGACGAUGGUGAUGGUGAUGGUGUCUUGAACAAGCUGAAGCGAAGCUUGUAUGAGAUGGAUAGCAAGUUUGAGGAUUUCAUGCAGAAAUUGGGAAGAGCUGGAUGGAAUAUUCUUGAAUCUAACUUGAAGGUCCCCAACCACAUCCUCAUCGAUGAAGUGUGAGACGAUAGCUUCUGCUCUUCUUCAUCAUAUAUCCUUCACAGCGAAAAAAAAAAGAAAAAGAAAAAACAACCACCGAGGGUGAGUGCAGUGUAAAACUUGUAAACCGAAAGCUGCAAUCUUUCUUAUGGGGGUCGACAAAAAGCCCAUGUGCUUUUGUAAGUUAUUGAUAUUUUUCAUGUGUAUUUUUUAUAGCCAUCGUCAAGAGAAUCUGUUUUAGUAUCUCGUAGAAUAUUAUUGAAGGUUGGUGGAUUCAACUAUGAAGUUGAUAUCCAAGAUUCCUAUGUCAGAUUUGUUCAUGGAUUUCGUGUAUUGAUGGGGAAUAAGAAAGAAUCCCUAAUCUCAGUAAA